UCCCCCCCCUCCAACAACAACCAAAGCAGGAGGCGGAGGGCGAAGCUGCUGCGCGUGGAAGCGCCGCGGAGCAAAAAGAAGAGGAAAAAAAAGUUUGCAGGAAGCAGCUUCCUCCGACUCCCAACUUCUGCCUUGACAGAUCUCUGGAGAGGAGGAGGAGGAGGAGGAGGCGAGGCAGCAGCGAGCCCCGGGAAAGCGAGGGGAAAAGCUGGCCAGAGGCUUCUCGGAAGGGAAUCCCCGUUUUUCCAAGCCUGCGUGGUCAUUACAAGGCUGGAGAACUUCCAAAGAAUCCCCAUUAAUCCUUUUCUAAGAUCAGCGCUGGUACAAAACGCGACUGAAAGGAGAUAAUUGCGGAACUUGGGGUGUGGCAAAAAUGACUUCAUACUGUAUCCUUCCAGCAUUUGCUUUGAUGAUUGGAUGUUUAGCAUUUCCAGGUCCUGUGCCUAGAAGUGGCUGUCUGUUGUCUCAGGUCAACAGUUCACAUCCAGUCCAAGCCUUGCUCGAAAGCUUUACUGUCUUAUCUGGCUGUGCAAGCAAAGGAACUGCUGGAUUGCCACAAGAAGUUCACAUCCUCAAUGUUAGGAAUGCAGAAGAUGCUGGCCACCAUGAAAGAGAGGUUGUUUUGCAUUUGAACCCAAUUGCUUCGAUGCAUAUUCAUCAGAAACCUUUGGUGUUCCUCCUGAACUCUCCCGUGCCUCUAAUAUGGAAAGUGAAAACAGAAAGACUUGCUUUGGGGAUCCAGAGACUUUUCAUUGUUUCAGCAGGCUCCAUGGUGCAGUUUGAGAAGGAAGGCUUUUCCUUGACAGCAAAGAGAGAAGAGAAACCCCUUCCUCAAGGGAAUAAGCAUCUCUUAGAGUGGGCUGAAAAGGAAUAUGGAGCAGUAACAUCCUUCACUGAAUUUAAAAUAUCCAGGAACGUUUACAUAAAAGUGGGUGAAG